AUGGCCAAGUACCCCAUUUUUGUAUUGAGCUUGCUAGCCUUGGUUUGUGCUCUUGCCUUUGCAUAUGAACCUAGUCCUUUGCAGGACUUCUGCGUUGCAGACCCUACUAGCCCAGCUCUAGUCAACGGCCGUGCUUGCCUGGACUCUAAACUUGCACAGGCCGACCAUUUCUUCCUCAGUGGACUAAACAAAGCUGGCAACACAUCCAAUGCUCUUGGCUCUGUUGUAACCCCAGUGACUGUGGGUCAAAUUCCUGGACUGAACACAUUUGGCAUAGCACUGGCUCGCCUAGACUAUGCACCCUGGGGACUCAUCCCUCCUCACUCACACCCUCGGGCGACCGAGAUUCUGACAGUCCUUAAAGGCAGCCUCUACGUUGGUUUUGUGACCUCUAAUCCUGAGAACAGGCUCAUCUCGAAGGUCCUCAAGAAGGGUGAUGUGUUUGUCUUUCCAGUUGGACUUGUUCACUUCCAACAAAAUGUGGGUAAUGGAAAGGCCAUCUCCCUCUCUGCUUUGAGCAGCCAAAACCCUGGUGUCAUUACUGUUGCUAGUGCUGUUUUCGGAUCAAAACCGCCCAUUGGGGAUGAUAUUCUCGCCAAGGCUUUCCAGGUGGACCAGUCUGCAAUCAAUCGUUUUCGAGCACAGUUCUAG